UUUUAUCUCCAGCUCCAAUAACUAUCAAUUAUUUGCAGAAGCAGAUGUCCUUCAAGUUUUUUGUUUGACUUUUUUUAACUUUAUUUCUGCCAAUUGAACAUUUGCCGUUUGACUUUUAUGCGAGUUGAGCAUGCCAGGUGAUGACACUAUAGACGUGGACAUGGGUGAUGUCAAUGGAUCCGAUGGGGCCAGCACCCCGUCCCCCUCCCCCUCCCCUCGGCCGAGUGAUGCGAGUAGUCAGCCUAGGGGCAGUGUAUCUGGCCCCUCCACCUCCUCGGCCGCAGCACCCUCCCCCGCCACAGAUGUGUCUGCCAUAAACAUCGCUCAGAAGUUCGUGGAAGAGACCAGUUCCCAGAAGCCAAGUGGCAAAACCGAGUUCCUACAGAAGGUGAGGCAGGCAAUUUUAAAGCGUGGCGAAGUGGACAGUCUGGAGAGUAGGUUCACGAAUGCAUGCAAACAGGGGGAUCUGAAGACAGUGGACGAGAUGCUGUCCAAGCCAGGCAGGAGAUUUGACAUCAACCACAGAAACCAGAGAGGUUUCACAGCUCUGACAUAUGCGAUUCGCAAUGAACAGGAAGAUAUCUUGACUAGACUGUUGCAGGAGAAGGACAUCAACCUGUCUGACUCUCUGCACUGUGCAGUCAAGGCAGGCAACCAGAGUGCAGCUCUCAGUCUACUCAGGAGGGGGGCAGACCCCAACCAGAUUGCCAAGACAGCAGUGUAUCCAAAAGGCAGCUCUCCUCUCCUACUCGCGUGCCACCGGAACGACGUCGACAUCAUCCAGCUGCUUCUGGACUACAAGUCGAACAAACUGGAGAUGCCCUCUAUCGAUGGGAGUUCCCUGGCUCAGUCCAGAUACAGAUUGGAUUUGAUGAGGGCAUUGACUUGUCCCUCGUAUGUGGUGUUGACCUCAGAGGAUCCGGUCAUGCAGGCGUUCGAGAUGUCACACAUGUGUAGAUGGCUUAUGGCAGGGGAAGUUGAGUUCGCGGGCGAGUACAGUGAACUAGAAGAGAGGUGUGAGAAACUGGCGGCUGAUUUGGUCAACUCAGUGGAGAACAGUGAGGACAUCAUGGUGCUGCUGAGUCUGAAGAAGAAGAGGAACUCGAACAAGACGCAGGUGGGGGAGCCACUCUGCAGACUACACUACGCACUCGAACACAACCACAAACUGUUCGUGGCCCAUGCGCACUGUCAGCAGGCCCUAUCGGACAAGUUCUUCCAGGGCUUCAAGAACUGGCGCCACAAGACCUCAGGGGAGAAACUGGCCAUCAGUGGCCUCCUAUUCAUCCUCAGCCCCGUCUGGCUAGUCGUCUAUGGUACCCUACCCCCUACUAGACUGGACUACUACAUUGAGUUCCCCUUGAUGAAGGCGGUGGCCAACUUCGCCUGCUAUGUCGUCUUCCUCACCAUGCUCAUAACCAUGCAGAUCAACAUCCAGUCAGACCAGAGCCUACAGCCACAAGACGCGGAGUCGGAGUACCAGGAGAUCCUGGAGCAGUUCCAGUAUGGCAGCAGCAUCGAAUGGCAGGAGGUGUUUGUGCUACUCUGGAUCGCAGGCAAGAUCUGGAUAGAGGUGAGUGAGUUGCGGGUGGUGGGACUGAAGAGCUAUGUGCGGGACUACUGGCACCUCAUGGACUUUGGCAUGAACUCCCUCUUCGCAGUCGCAUUCCUCACCCGAUUCAUCGACACAUACUCGGACGUGGCCUUCGUGUUCGAAAUAGCGGAGAAGCAGCCAUCGAUUGUCUACAUCUACAAAGUGGGCAACGAGACCCGACAGAGCCCUGAAUCCUUGGAGAGAACGCCAACAUUCAGCUGGCAUCUUGACAACCCCCUGCUAGUGUACCAGUCUGUGAUGGGGGUGGGGAGCCUACUUGCCUUUCUGCGCAUCAUGUGGUGGUUCAGAGCCAGUCAGCAACUGGGCAAGCUGCAGAUGAUGUUGGGUGCUUCUUUUGAGGAGAUAUUCAAGUUCUCGUUCCUCUACAUCCUGAUCUACCUGGCCUUUGCUGGUGCCAUCAAUGCCGUCAUCUGGCGCUUCCUCUAUCUGGCCUCCCUCACAUGCAAAGUGGAGGAUCCAGUCGUCCCCUGUGAUGAUGAACUGGCCAAUAGAGUGAGUGGGACAGAGUUUCCAUUUCUCACGCUGUUUGGGUGCAUGUACCAGCUGUACUGGACCAUUUUCGGCUACUCGAGCAUCGCCUAUUUGGACAAGAUAUUCGACUCGUGGACCCUCAAUGAACUAGUGUCGGCUGCUCUCUUCAUAGCCUAUAACUUCAUUGCGGUCGUUAUUCUCCUAAAUGUGCUCAUAGGAAUGAUCACUAAAACGUUGGAUAACAUCGAGUCCAACAUAGACAUUGAGUGGAAGUUCGUGCGCAGUCAGAUCUACUCCAGAUUCAUAGAGGCAGAAGAGUGUGCCCCUCCCCCCUUCAACAUCUUCCCCACUGUGAGGAAACUGAUCAAGUGGUCCGCCCUCUUCCUCUACAGGGUAACCAAGAACCAAAAGUACCUCAUAUGGGCAAAACCAAAACAGGAAGCGAUACUCAAGCAGCGUGACGCUCUCGUGGCCCGUUUCCCCGCCCUCCUGGAAGAGAUGAGGGAGAGAUACCUGCGGAACAUGGAGAAGGACGACGAGGAACAGUUGGUCACUCAGGAUGACAUUCAGAAUCUGAAGAAUGACAUUUCCUCCUUGAGAUACGAGUUGCUGGACGCACUGAGUAAAAACUCGGCCAGAGAUAGAGUGCGGCAGGCAGAAGCAACUGCGACUCAGCCAGUGUCCACUACACGAGAGGACCGGUUCCUGGACGUGCAACAGCAGGACAGAGCCCUGAUGACUAAUCUGAUGGGAGUUCUGGAAAUCAACUCGCGAGUGCUCACUCGGCUCCUAAACGAGCACAACGGACUCAACAUUGGGGGAGACAUAGACAUAGAUACAAUGUUCAGUUCAUAA